ACCAGUAUCUUAUCGAUAUAUAUAGAGGCAUGUUGGAGCUAUUGCACUACUCCUGAUUCAGAUUUCUACGCGUGCAAGUUGACGUUAAAAAUGUGGAAUAUACAAAUUGUGAAGGUUCUUGGUGUUCUUUUGCUCCAUGUAGCUUUAGUGACACCAGGCACACAAGUGUGCUAUGACUCAAAUGAGAAUGCCUACUCUAUUAUCACAUGUGGAGCUCCUGGAAAGAAUGGCACAAAUGGGAUAGAUGGAAAAAGAGGGGAAAAGGGAGAAACAGGGCCAGCAGGACCACAGGGAUUUCCAGGAUUACAGGGACCUGCAGGGCUUGCUGGACCACCUGGACCAAGAGGAGAACAGGGGCCAUCAGGAGCCAAAGGAGAGAGAGGAGAUAGCGCAAAUUCAGCACUUGAAGAUCUUAAAAAGAAAAUCUUGGAUUUGGACACACAAAUUAAAUCAGCAUUAGACUCGCAAAACAAAGGUUUACCAAAGGGACGGCGAGCCAUAGCCGGUGACAAAGUCUAUGUUACAAGCGGUGCUGUAGCCACCUAUGAUGAAGCCAUAACCAUUUGUAAAACAGCCGGAGGUCAGCUAGCUGUACCGCUAAACUCGGCAGAGAAUAAUGCUAUUCUUACCCUCCGCAACCAAUAUGCCUUAAAUGCAGUCCUUGGUAUGAAUGACAAACAGUCACAGGGAAUUUUCCAAUAUCUCAUCAACAUGGUCAUCUCCUACAAGAACUGGGAUUACGGAGAACCCAAUAAUCAUAGGGGAAUGAAUGAGGACUGUGUGGAGAUUCUUUCUUCUGGAAAAUGGAAUGACUACCCUUGUGAAAUGCCAAAAGUUGUAAUUUGUGAGUUCUAAAUCCUCAGAAAUUCAAUGGCCUUACCCUCUGUGAUUAUUGAUCUGAAGUGACCCUGUUUACUUAAUUUCCUAAUCCACCCCAAUUCUGGUUGUUUCUUAUAUUUAUCUUCCCUUAACUUACCCUCUGCAGGAAGCCUUAUGUGAUAUCCAAUAUGGCCUGGUUGGAGCUUACACAAAGCUUAGGACUCUCCUCCCCACUAGGGAUGAGCUUCGAGUUCGAGUCGAACAUUGCCUGUUCGCCGAACAGCGAACAAUUUGGGGUGUUCGC